GCCUACUCUUCCUUAGGCUCAUCCUGUCCUGUUCCUGCUACUAUUCCUGCUGUCAUCUGAUCAUCUUCUCUCCCAUCACUUUCUUAUCCCGCCGCUUCCAAAGCCUAGAGAGCUCUCUCCCGUCGGCGUCGCUAAACUCGCAGCCACCAUAGCCACUUGCCGCCGACCUCGUUCGUCACAAGAGCUCGUUCGCAGUCGCCUAGCUUGUGAGUUGCGACCGAGCUCUAGUGGCCUUGCACUCCAUGUCAUUUGGCAAGAGAGACAUGAGCCAGGAGAACCUGCACCAAGACCGCAAGGACGUGACGCCCAUCCACUUCAGGACGCCGACGCCGCCGCUGCAGCAGCCGCAGCAUGGCGGCCACGGUGAGCACCAGCAUCAGCAGCUGGAGUGCUUCUCUGAUGAGGUGGACAGCCGCGCGAGCGCCGAGCUGAAGGAUCCCGCGAGUGCCGGGACCCUGGUGGUCUCCAGCGGCGGCGACGGGGCGAGCAUCGAGGUGGCCAAGAAGCGGAGGGGGCGGCCGCCGGGGUCCAAGAACAAGCCGAAGCCGCCCGUGGUGAUCACGCGGGAGGCGGAGCCCGCGGCGGCGAUGCGGCCGCACGUGAUCGAGAUACCCUGUGGCCGCGACGUCGCGGACGCGCUCGCGCGCUUCGCGACCCGCCGCAAUCUCGGGAUCUGCGUGCUCGCUGGCACGGGCGCCGUCGCCAACGUCUCGCUCCGCCACCCUACCCCCGGCGUCCUUUGCGCGACGCCCGCCGCCGUCGUCUUCCACGGGCAGUACGAGAUCCUCUCCAUCUCUGCCACGUUCCUUCCCCCGGCCAUGUCUGCCGUGGCGCCGCAGGCCGCCGGCGGCGUCUCCAUCUCGCUCGCCGGCCCGCACGGCCAGAUCAUCGGCGGCACCGUGACGGGCCCGCUCUACGCCGCGACCACCGUCGUGGUCGUCGCCGCCGCCUUCACCAACCCCACCUUCCACCGCCUCCCCGCGGACGACGACGCGUCGGUGUCCGUCUCGGUCUCCUUCUCCGCCGGCAGCGGCGACGCCGCGGACGAGCACCGCGGCCAUCAGCAGCACCAACCUGAGCCGCCGCAAGAACAGCGCCACGUCGUGCAACGGCAGCCCGCGCCGCAUCUCGCCGCGUCCGCCUCGGUCGCGCAGCCUUGCGGUCCGGUGCCCAUCUUCGCUUGCUACCCGCCGCCGCCCCAAGAAGUGAUGUGGCCGCCGGUGGCUCGUGCGCCGCACCCGCCGCCGCCACCGUACUGAUCGCACGCCCGGUGAUCAAUAACUGAUCCGACGGAGUUCUCGUACCUCUCACGGCCUGCCUUGACUUUGUCUGCUACACGUACCAGUUGCUGUUCUAGUUCGGUUUGUGUUAUAUGGAAACAUAUUCUAUUUUGCUUAACAUUGUGCAAUCGAG